GCCCAGCGCCGCCAUCGCCGCCAUCUUGGCUCCUCCUCCUUCCCGCCCUCAAACGUCAUCACGCAGCGCGCACGUGCGCACGCGUGACGUCACCGCGCUCUCUCCGCGCCGCGCUCCGAGCCCUGAGGGAGCCGCUGAGCCCUCACCAUGCAGCUCUUCAUCCGCGGCCAGACCCUCCUCACCCUCGAGCUCUCCGGCUCCGAGACCCUCGCCCAGAUCAAGGAGAGGGUGGCCGAGCUGUCGGGGAUCCCCCCCGAGGACCAAGUGCUGCUCCACGCCGGGACCCCCCUGGACGAUGAGGCCGUGCUGGGGCAGAGCCCCCUCCCCGAAUUCACCACCCUGGACCUCUCCACGCGCCUGCUGGGCGGUAAGGUGCACGGCUCCCUCGCCCGCGCCGGCAAAGUGAGGGGCCAGACCCCCAAGGUGGCCAAGCAGGAGAAGAAGAAGAAGAAGACGGGGCGGGCCAAGCGGCGCAUGCAGUACAACCGGCGCUUCGUCAACGUCGUGCCCACCUUCGGCAAGAAGAAGGGGCCCAACGCCAACUCCUGAGCACAAUAAAGGAAUUUGGGCACAAUCCCUGCCAUUUUGGGA